AUGGCCUAUUUAACACAACCAGACUAUGUAAAAUAUGUCUGCUCUUGUGGACAACUUAAACCUAUAACAAAUUUAUACUUCUGUAGACAUUGCUUAAAAAUACGAUGCGGUUUUUGCAUUUGCCAUGAAGUCGAUUCUCACUACUGUGCAAAUUGCCUUGAAAACAUGCCAUCUUCUGAAGCUAGGUUAAAAAAGAAUCGUUGUAGUAGUUGCUUUGACUGCCCAAGUUGUUUUCAUACACUAUCUACUAGAGCGACUCUGGCGCAGCCUAGGCACGAUCCAGCAGCUGGAGAUGCAAAGGUUGAAAAUAAACAACCUAAAAAGAUGUACUAUCUGUCAUGUUUUAAUUGUCGUUGGACUUCCCGAGAUGUUGGCAUUCCUGAUCAGCCUGUUGCGUCUGGAGGCUGGCCCGAAAGAACUAAUCCAUUUGCUGCAAGAAUGAGUCAACUCUUAGAUUAUUACAAGGCAAUAGCUCAGCAAGAGAAACAAGAGAAGCUGGAUAGAGAGAGGAAGAAGUUUGCCAUCAGAGGAAAAUAUAUCACUCUUACUGAUAAAACAGGUUUGACUGGGGCCAUGGCUCGAAAUAUAGCUGGUCUACCAUCCAGUGAGAGCUCAUCAUCAGCCAUUGCUAAUUUUGUACCGAGUCAGGCCAGUGAAGAGGUAGAGGAGCUGCCGGAAGAUUACCAUUUGUUAGAAGUCAACUUGAAACAGAUAACAACGAUGCCGCAACGGCUGGCGUCGCCGUCGCGGCAGCCGCGCGCGGCGGCGCGCCUGCAGCCGGCCGCGCGCGCGCUGUGCGUCAAGCGCAGCCAGCGCUGCCGCGCCUGCGACCACAACCUCACCAAGCCCGAGUACAACCCCGGCUCCGUCAAGUUCAAGAUCGAGCUGCUCGCCUACUACCACGUGCCAGAAGUGAAAAUUAUAUCUUACGAAACAGUAAAGCCAGGUGCAACAUCAGCUCUGCUCCUCAAACUGACCAACCCCACCGCCCACGAGAUGCAAGUGCGGCUCCUGCAGCCCCAGGACGUGCCCGAGAUGGAGGAGAAGGAGAAGGACAAAGAGGAGAUCAAGAGCAUUGAGAAGACUUUGGAGAAAUCGCUCAGUUUGGAAAAGGACGCGUCGUGGGCGAGGGCGGUGCGGCGGCGCGCGGCGCUGGGCGGCGCCAGCACGCUGCGGGCGCCGGCCGCCGCGCUGGCGCUGGCGCAGCGCGACGACGCCGCCGAGUACGACGACGACGCGCCGCACGACACCAGCGACAUAAUCCUCUGGAGGAAGUCCAACAAGCUGGCGAUGCGUCUGCAAGUGGACACGGACGCGUCGGCGCGCGCCGGCGACGCCGCGCGCGUGGCCUUCGCGCUGCAGUACUCGUACCGCAACACCGUGCCGCCCGCCGCCGACCACACGCUGCACGCCGCCGUGCUGCUGGACCUCGGCCUGGUGGGGGAG